AUGAACGCCACAUCGUGUUCAGUUAAUAACAACCCGCUGGCGCAGAUCAGUAAGCAUACCCAGGAUAAUGGCGGUUUCGUGGGGGGGCGACCUCUCGGGAACGUCGGUUCGUCGACUUCCUUGGAGUCCGACCAGUUCAGGACUAAGCAUAACGCCGUUUCGGAACAGAACAGGCAUCAGAUGAAUCACUUCAUGAACAACACUGGGUUUACUUCCCCACCCGCAUCCUUGCAGAUGGGUCAGCAACCGGCUCUGCAGUCUUGGUCGAGCAGCCAGGUGCCGACGAUGCAGUCGUUGGGCCAUCACCACCUUACACAGCAGCAGCAGCAGCAGCAUCACCGUAGUGCGAUGCCCAUGUCCCCCUCAAGCACUAAUUUGCAAAUGAGGCAGAAUGACUGGUCGGAGGAGUUUCAGUUACACAACGACAACUGCAACGCAUCCAGUGUAUCGAUCUCAAUGUCGCAAUUGCAGCAGCUACGGUCUCCGGACGGGACUGUUGGGAAUAUGACACCGAUGCACUUCCAGCCGAGGGGAUACACUAGGUACAAUAACAGUAGUAAUGCUGCGGUUAUUAAUGCACACCAGAGACAGGCAGCUGCACCGCUGGAACAACAGGCGGACUGGGAUGAGCAGUUCGACGAGCUGGAAAAGGAGGUGACCGAGUCGCUGCAUAUAGAUGAGAAGUCUGCCGAGAAACAGAAUGAGGUGCAGAAGGAAGAGGUUACCGUUGAUGCCGACUACCAGUCCGAAUUCCAACACGUGUGGGACUCGAUUCACCAGGAUGGGGAAGAUGUCAUGCCGAACCAUUUGAACGGGCAGACGUACUUCAACUCGAGGCAGCUGGGGAACAUCAAGUACGAUUUUGAAAACAGCAAGAACGAGUACCUGAACAACCCAAACGCGUACGAAAUAGGGUGUAUACUGAUGGAGAAUGGAGCUAAGUUAAGCGAGGCCGCAAUGGCAUUUGAGGCUGCCGUGCAAGAGAAGGAACAACACAUUGACGCUUGGUUGAAGUUGGGGCUCGUUCAGAUCCAAAACGAAAAGGAAAUCAACGGUAUAUCUGCUCUGGAAAACUGCUUGAAGCUGGAUCCAAAUAACUUGGACGCAAUGAAGAACCUGGCGAUCAGUUACAUCAACGAGGGAUACGACGCGAGCGCGUUCACUAUACUGAAUAAAUGGAUAGAAACCAAAUACUCAACGAUCGACACGUCCUCACCAGAAAUUAUCACCGAUGGACACAAACUGGUUGAGAGCGAGAUGGAGGAUCCGUUAUCCCUAAGCGAAAAGAUCACCAAACGAUUUUUGAAGCUUGCCAACCAGCUUCCUGUGGUUGAUUCCGAUGUACAGUUAUGCUUGGGGUUGCUAUUCUACGCAAACGAUGAUUUCAACAAGACCAUCGACUGUUUCAAAACGGCGUUACAAGUCAACCCGAACGACGAGCUGAUGUGGAACAGGCUUGGAGCUGCUCUGGCCAACUCCAACAGAUCGGAGGAAUCAAUCAAGGCGUAUCACAGGGCUCUGCAGUUGAAGCCAUCGUUUGUCAGGGCGCGCUACAAUCUGGCUGUCUCGUCGAUGAAUAUUGGGUGCUACAAGGAAGCUGUCGAACACCUUCUAACGGCAUUGAGCAUGCACGAAGUGGAAGGUUUAAGACAGAAGGACAAAGACUCGCACCAUUACUCAAACUACAACAACGAUAACAUCCUGGAAACUUUAAAGAGAGCAUUUAUCGCCAUGAAUAGGAACGAUCUUCUACAAAAAGUCAUGCCGGGUAUGGACUUAAACGAGUUCCACUCCGAGUUCAACUUCUAA